CACCAUUAACGUUAAAUCCCAAACGCCGUUUGUGGCCCUGUCUGGGCAGCCUUUUAUUUAUUGUCCCCGCAGACAUUGUCCAAUCCCAUCGGCUAUCACCGGUCGUAAAGGCUGGGGGUACCGGGAGUAGCCGGUUCAUACACGGGUUAGAAUUUGACUGCGGUUGAAAUCAUUGCUAAAGCUGUUUCCACCUCCCUGGUUAUUGAAAUCUCUGCCCCCUCUCUCUAUCUCUCUCUGUCGUACCGGUCGACGAAAAUUGAAUAGUAUUGUUCUUACAGUUGUUCUGGUCUUCUGGUGCUCUGGAAAUUCAAUAGCUAGGGAGAGCUAAAGAAAGAGAAGUGUGUGUAGUUACUGAUAUAUAGAGAAAGGAAGGAAUAGUUUGUUGAAUUGACAGAAUUGGUUGAGGAAUGAGUUCAAAGUAGGGAGAUAAAGCGGAGUGACGUGGUUUGGUUGGUGAAGAAUUGAACAGUGAUUUUAGUGGAAUUUGAGUGGAUUUUCGGUGUUUUGAAGAGGGUUUUAAGGUUUGUUUGUGUGAGAAUAAUUGGAGUUGGGGUUUUCAGAUGAGAGAUCUGUGUUGAGAGAUGGAAAUGGCUUCAUCAGAGAUUUCGAUUAAAGGCAAUAUUAGAGGAGAGGGCUUUACGUCCGUUUACAACGAACCGAAGGAAGUUUCGGAGGCAUCGAAGGGUUUUCCGACAGGUUCCGGUACCGGGAAAGUGGAUGCUGAGAACGCGCUUUACACGGAGCUUUGGCGGGCUUGUGCUGGUCCGCUUGUGACCGUGCCUCGUGAACAAGAGCUCGUGUACUAUUUCCCUCAGGGUCACAUCGAGCAGGUGGAAGCGUCGACUAGUCAGGUGUCGGACCAGCAGAUGCCGAUGUAUGAUCUUCCGUCGAAGAUCCUCUGCCGUGUGAUGAACGUUCUAUUAAAGGCUGAACCGGACACUGAUGAGGUGUUUGCGCAAGUGACUUUGUUUCCUGUAAAUGAUGAGAGUGCUGCGAAGAAGAAAGCCGCUCCUCCUCCGCCACCACGCUUUCAUGUGCAUUCCUUUUGUAAGACCCUGACUGCGUCGGAUACGAGCACUCAUGGUGGGUUUUCGGUGCUGAGACGGCAUGCCGAUGAAUGCCUUCCCCCACUGGACAUGUCACGGCAACCGCCAACCCAAGAGUUGGUGGCCAAGGAUUUGCAUGGAAAUGAGUGGCGCUUCAGACAUAUCUUUCGGGGUCAACCGCGAAGGCAUCUUCUUCAAAGUGGUUGGAGCGUCUUUGUUAGCUCAAAAAGGCUAGUUGCUGGGGAUGCCUUCAUAUUCUUAAGAGGUGAGAAUGGGGAGCUUCGUGUUGGAGUGAGGUGUGCCAUGAGACAGCUGGCUAAUGUUCCAUCUGCAGUGAUAUCCAGUCACAGCAUGCAUCUUGGUGUCCUUGCAACAGCUUGGCAUGCCAUUCAAACAGGAACAAGGUUCAUUGUCUACUACAAACCUAGGACAAGCCCUACUGAGUUUAUUGUUCCUUAUGAUCAGUAUGUGGAAUCUGUUAAGAGCAAUUAUUCUAUAGGGAUGAGGUUCAAAAUGAGAUUUGAAGGUGAAGAAGCUCCAGAGCAGAGGUUUGCUGGAACCAUUAUUGGGAUCGAAGAUUCUGAUUCCAAACGGUGGCCAGAAUCGAAAUGGAGAUGUCUCAUGGUGAGAUGGGAUGAAACUUCUACCAUUCCUCGCCCGGAGAGAGUUUCACCCUGGAACAUAGAACCUGCUUUGACUCCUCCUGCACUCAAUCCACUUCCAGUAUCCAGGUCAAAGAGGCCUCGGCCAAACAUGUUGCCUUCAUCUCCGGACUCCUCUGUUCUCACACGGGAAGGCUCAUCUAAGGUGGCAAUGGUAGACCCUUCGCCAGCAAGUGGUUUUUCAAGGGUCUUGCAAGGUCAAGAAUUAUCGACCUUGAGAGGCACUUUUGCAGAGAGUAAUGAGUCAGAUUCUUCUGAAAAGCCACCAAUUAUCUGGCAAUCUUCACUACAUGAUGAAAAGAUUGAUGUUGUUUCUGCUUCACGAAGAUUUGGAUCAGAAAAGUGGUUUUCUUUAGGGAGGCCUGAAUCAUCUUUAACCGAUCUCUUAUCCAGUUUUGGAAGCCAAAACAAAUCCUCUCUUGAGUUCUGUACACCUCCUGGCGACGAAAUUGCAGUCGGUGGAAAUUCAAUGAAACUACAAUUACCAGGUCAAGAAGGUGAGUUCAACUUCCUUGCAAGUCCAUGGCCUACGAUGCCUAAUAAUAUCUCCCUUAAAUUUGCGGACGCUAGCAUGAAAGAUCAUGUCCGGGGCAGUGAUAUUCCUUAUCAGACACAAGCGGAGGUUCGAUAUGGUGGUUUUAAUCAGUAUUCCUUGCUUCCUGGUCGUGGGACCGAGCACCAGCAAGGGAACUGGUUCAUACCUCCACCAGUUCCAUCUUAUCUUCAGAUGUCUGCUCACUCAAGUGAACAGAUUCCCAAACCCCUGGUACAACAACAGCACGAGGCUGUUAAACCUAGAGAUGGGAAAUGCAAGCUCUUUGGUAUACCACUUGUCAGCAAUUCUGUUACGAUGGAGCCGACAGUGUCACCUAGAAAUUCAGUGAUUGAGCCACCAGUUCAUAUACGUCUUGGAAUUCACUCACACCACUCACCUGCUUUUGAAUCUGAUCAAAGGUCUGAACAAACAAAGGGCUCAAAAGUUGCUGAAAAUCCACUUGCCAGUAAUGAACUGGAGAAACCAUUUCCAACUUGUCAGCCAACUGUGAGAGAUGUUCAAGGGAAAGUCCAGAGUGGUUCCACCAGAAGCUGUACUAAGGUUCAUAAGCAGGGGAUUGCUCUUGGUAGAUCUGUGGACCUUGCUAAGUUCAGUGACUAUGAUGAGUUGAUAAUUGAAUUGGAUCAGUUGUUUGAAUUUGGUGGUGAACUAAAGGCUCGCAACAAGAAUUGGCAGGUUGUUUAUACGGAUAAUGAGGGUGAUAUGAUGCUUGUUGGAGAUGAUCCAUGGCAGGAAUUUUGUGGCAUGGUUCGCAAGAUCUUCAUCUACACUAGAGAAGAGGUCCAGCGGAUGAACCCAGGGACCCUGAAUUUGAAGGGUGAGGAAAAUUCACGGGUUGGGGAAGGCAUGGAUGCAAAAGACGAUUAGAAUCUGCGUUCAACUGCCAGUGCUGAGAAUUGUUAGGUUCUACACCUAUAUAUAUAUAUAGGUAAUUUCCUUGAUAUAUUGAAGUUCUGUAGUGUGCUGUGGAGUUCUCAAUGCUAUAUACUUGUUACCGGUUUUACUCAGAAAAUGAAUGCUGUUGCUGCUUCGAAGGGAAGAAAACUACCCUUCUAUGAUGCCAUUCUAUAAUCUGUCUUUUCAUUCCACUCUGGUAGUGAGCAGAUGGGUUUAUGAAUUGUGAACAAUGCUAUACAGGGGUUCCCAACAACUCUGAUUUGUAGAUUUAAUUUUACUUUUACCUUUAGUUUCAAAUUUAAUUUACAAUACACCUAGUUUUAGUGGAAAAGGGGUAUAGAACACAAGCAAUGGUACAGAGACCUAAUUUGAGAAUUGAUAUGAUCGUAACGCAGUAA